GCAGCUCCACUGCCACAGCUGAUAUUAUUUUGAAUUAAGAAUUCCGGAAAACCAAAACUUAAAAAUGGAGAGCAGCGAAAUUAACCAGGAAACGGAUAAACCAGUAGUGAAAAAUACCCCGAAUACUGGUAUUCUUAAAAGAGAUCAAAAGAUGCGCUUAGAAAGGUACUUGCACAGGCACGGCUUCUCACAGCAAAACCUUCUUGCAGUCUCCAAAUUCCGUGACCAAGACCACACGAAGGAAACGCUCGCCUACGUGUCUAGUAUGUACGAUUGGGCAAGGGAAAGAGUCGCCGACUGCGACUCCGUGAGUCUGAACAACAUUACCCAGUGGCUGGAGCUGAUGAGCAAUGCCGAUCUUUCCAAUCGUUGCGAAUUCGAGGCGGCGGCUGUUAUGAAUUCCAUAGUGAUGAAUGAGAAGAAGCCACCGCCACAUGAACUAAAUGACAUUGACUUGAAUGAGGCCUACACAUUUCUGGAAAAUGCGCUACUUGGCCAGCCCCAAAAGAACCUAACUGAAGCUACCAAGGCGUUUAUUUCAAGAGAAAUUGAAAUCCUUAUAGAUGAGGCUAACACCGACGAAUCGGAUGAUGUGGCGCGAAGCAUGGGGCAAAGCCUGUACCACGAGCAGGAAUACGACUAUGUCGCGCAGCCGAACAAGGCUAGCCUAGAUCCCCUGUUCCUGGACGAAAGAGAAUAAUUAUAGACCGCUUAAUCAUUUCCACACAUUUAUUAAACAUUUAAAUUCAA